AUGUUCAUCACCUACAAUGACCUGGACGACAUGCGCGACGCCCGCAAACGCUCGCAGAUCAACGCUUUCGUCAAUCGCGGUCGCAGAGUCAACAGGGCCAAACCCUCGACGCCUCGAUCAUCACACCCGACCGCAGCACAAUGGCACGCGCGCCAUCCCAUUCGAACUUCUACGCCCGUCACGGUCGACUCGGAGUUGUUGGCUCAGGCGGGGAACGCUGCCGAUACUCGAGACGGUCAGCAAGUUACCGACGACAUCAUCUACGCGUUGCUGAGAAGGCGACGUCUUCCCAAGUUGUCCGUUCAAUAUGCCUUGGGUGGCCAUCGCAGGGAUCCAUUUGCGUCCUUUCCCACCCCUCAGACUGGACAGAUCGAAUGGGCGGCCGAUUUCUUCCUCCAAGACUACGCCGCCAUGAAUGCAUCACUUUACGCCGACGACUCGGGCAAAAACUGGCUGACCGGCACACUCUUCCCCCUGGCCUUGCAAUCGGACAUGCUCUUCGAGGCCCUCAUCCUCUCCAUGGCACGAUAUACCAACCCUGCUGGUCCCAACGCCCUCGUGCCCGGUGGUGUGCACUUUGCACAUCUCCGUUCCAGCGUCCUGGGGAAACUCCAUCGAACGCUUUCUCAGUCAAAGGAGAUCUCGACCUCGGACACCACCAUCCACACUGUGAUAUGUUUGAUAGCUGCGGAUUUCUUCGCCGGUCACGACGAUCACGCAUCAACCCACCUCAAAGGCCUCCACACGCUGGUUUCGCUCCGUGGUGGACUGGAGCACGGCAACUUUGACCGCCAGACGAAAUAUAACCUGGCAGGGUAUGUUCUCAGCUGGCUCCUCUCGCCCUGUCGUUUGAAAGAUGCUAAAUGGCAGCUCCCCUCCAGCACCGAAGCAUUGUAUUCAUUUGCGCUGCAACGUAUGCAGGCGGCGUCGGCCGAGGCCGUCAAGCCCGAAUCCGGACUGACCUACCCCAAGCACCCGUUCUCGCCCGCACUGUGCACAGAGAUCGCGACCCUGCCCCACGGACUCAGCGACAUUGCCCUCGAGGGGAGGAUCUCCACGCAGAUCAUCGAACUGCUGUGCCGGCUCGCCCACAUGGCCCAGGAGACCCCUCUGACCAAACGCGCCACGACAGAGGAAAUCUACCACGUGUCGGUCGACCUCAUGACGCUGAUCACGCGGACGACCGUCUCGCCGCUGGAACGGAGCAUCUGCAUCUUCUGCUGGCUGUUCGUGCUGCGGGAGCAGCCGGACCGCAACGAGAGCCAGAAACUCUACGGCCAGUUCCUGGUCAACCUGCGGCGGCGGAUCAAGAAGACGGCCGACUCGUUCAUGGCGCUCGACGGCGCCAAGCCCGACUACGCCAUGUGGGGGGUCGCCAUCCUGGUCGUCGAGAAGAGCACCGAGCGCAUCGGCCUGACCGCCGACGAACAGGCCGAGGUCUUUGACGAGCUCCUCCGCCGACAUCCCCCGGCCAGGCGCUGGAAGGAGACGGUCAAGAGCCUCAAGAGGUUCUUCUUCCUCGACGCGUGGAUCGACGAAUACCGUGUCUGGUGGGACAAGGAGAUUGAGAGGCAUCAAAGACGGCAGAGAGAGGAAGAACACAGCUGA